UAGCCUCCAAAAAAAAUUAAGAAUCACAUGUAAAAGUGCUUGAGAAUUCCCAGAAAAUCCUUUGUCCACGGAUUGUUGGAAAAGGAGAUUCACCAGAGAGGGGGUGCCACUUCAUCAUUUGGGAUGCUUGCAGAAACAAGUCAUCAAGUCAAAGGGAUUGCUUUAGGUUUUUGAUGUGCCAGCAAAGGAGAUCAGAAUUUAUGACAACACACAACAAUACGUCACAAUUAGAAAUUCUGACAUGGACAUCCUCAAGGAAGCUUUUAAACAGUAUGAGUCCCUAGAGGGCUGGACUGUAUCUAAUCCACACCAAUGGACCAAAAAUGAUGGCUACAACUGUGGAGUUUUUGUUUGCACGAUGGCAGAGAUGGAAGCAAAACAUCUCAAAAUGUGUCCUGAAGUGCUGCACACUGGACAACUUCUACAUCUUCGGAUUUACCAUGCCACAUGUAUGGUGAAAAAUCUGCAAACUGAGGACUUUCCACCUGAGAUGGGACUGGGGGAUGGUAUAUCUGAAAACAGAUGUAUGGCCCAGGACAUUAAAGUUUGCGUUUUUCAAAAAGUGGGGAAAAAAGCCAUGCAUCCACAUGUGAAGGAGGUGGAAUGGAUUCAGUGUGACAUCUGCAACGGAUGGUUACACACGGACUGUGCCGGCAUCAUACCUGCAACAGUCACAAAAGACACACCAUUUAGCUGUGGAUGCAACAUGCAACAGCCAUACCUUUAUGAAAGUACAUUGUCACUCAUAAAGAAGGGACUUUUGGUCAACCUCGUAAUGGAAGACCACGAAAUAAUGAACAUACACAACAAUAUCACAACAGGGGCAGUAAGAUCCAACAGGAUGUAUCUGCAUGUUCAUCCCACAUUUUCCCUUCGACUGAAGAGCCAGCUAGCACAGCGGAUAUCCAUUUUUGAUGAAAACCAGACAGAGGGCAUAAUUGAGAGAGUGUACAAAGUCACGCAGCUGGACAAAGCAGACCUGAACAUCACAACGUAUAUUCUGGAGAUAACAAUCUUGAUCUUAAAGAAGACUGAGGGGUUUCACAGAUUCCAGGCAGAAAUGGCCUUCGUCACAAAAGGAUAUCUGGAGUAAUAUGUGCUCUAACUUUUUUACUUUUUUUUUCUUUGAUUAAUAAUCAAAAUAUUUAGUUCUGGGUCUUUAAUACAUUCAUUUAUUUCUUUUAUUUUAUUUUUUAUUAUUUCUUUUAUUCAGUUUGUUUCUUUGUAUUUAUUUAUUCUGUCAUGUCAUUUUUGUAUAACUCAAUGUUUAGUUUUUAAUUCAUACUAUAAUAAAAAAGAUUUGCACCAGUUUA